ACUUGCCUCUCUUCUUGAUCUCUGUAUAGCAGUGGUGUACAGAUUGAACCUAUUUACUGUUGUAUCAUAAUACAGCUCCUUUUUCUGCCAAGUCAGUGGAUUUCUGCUAUUUUUUUUUUUUCCCGCGCCGAGACAGAUCUCACCAUCACAUCACAUUCUCGCCUCUCUCCUCCCCCCUCCCCUCUCUCUUCUCCCAUCUUGCUCACUACCUAUUCCCUUCUGCUUGAGAACACGUCAAUUGACUCUCCAAGAAAAAACACACUGUGGUGAAAUGUCGAACCAACCGCCUCUUCUUCGGCCGCGCCCCCGACGACCCUUCGAGCUAUCACCGUCGAACGAGCCGUCCGAGCCCUCGUCGCCCGCCGAGUACGCAAACGCAGAUCAUCUGCUUGCAGCGCAGAAUAAUAAUAAUAAUAAUAAUAAUAAUAAUAAUACCAACUCCAUGCCGGGCUCCGAGGCCGUCAGUCGCACGGGCUCUGUGAUGAACCUGACCUCGUCGACGCUGUACGGCAUCUACUCGUCGACGGCGUUUGAGGGAAUGCGUGACGAGUCCAGCCCCUGGGGCACAGAGGCGCACUCCCCGCCAGCUGCGGACGCCGGGGGUUCGCAGCCGCCGCCUGCGAAGCCCGAGGAGGUGAUUGCGCUGCAGCGGACACGCUCGCGGCUCAGCCAUGGCCUCUUCCGCGGGGUGAUCCUGCCGCGGGCGCUGCGCAGCGCCCUGCUGUUCGGGUUUGGCAUUGCCUACGGCUUCAUCACCGUCCACCUGCACGAGAACCACUGGAUCACCCCCGUCAAGCUCGAGAACCUCGACUGCUACUCGUGGGAAUACCUGGGUUUCUGGGGGCUGGCGGGCGUCAUCUUCGGUAAUGUUCUGCCGUGGCUGGACCUGCUGUACGCGGGCCUUCAGGCGGAGAACAACACCAAGCGACGCUCGGCGGGUGCCAGUGAUGAGCGGACCUUGUCGUGGAAUGCGGCUGUUCGCAGUGUUGGGGCUUUUGUUGGUAUUGCUUUUGCCAUGAGGAGAACCCCCUGGGAAUCAACCACGCAAGCUUCAGUGACCCUUGCCCUCGUGAACCCCGUGCUCUGGUAUCUCAUCGACCGCACCAAGACCGGCUUCGUCAUGUCGACCAUCAUCGGUCUCUCAGGCAUGGCACUCUUCCUGGGUCUGCACCCAGACAUGAUCCCGGGCGCCGGCGACGCCACCGCAUCCACGACGGGAACAAUCAUCUUCAACGUCACGGGAGCCGACCUGGCUCUGGGGACCAGCCUGACGCAGGAGAGCAUCGCCGUACGCACGUGGGUGGCCAGCGUGCUCUUCUGCGCAUGCGUGUGCUUUGGCAACAUUGGUCGCCAGUUGGCUUUCGAGGGGAGCAACUAGUAUUUUCCCCCCCUUCUUCCCUCUUUUCGGUGUUCACACAACGAAAAAAAAAAAGCAUUUCCCCUACCCGCAUGCCUACCGAAAGAAUUUUUUUUUUUAAUACCGUGGAGCUUGUUGAUACUCACUCCCCUUCACCUUGAUUUCGGCCAUGCAUAGAAUAGUUUAUAUUACUCUUUUAAUGAAAAGGAUAAUUAUUUUUCUUACGAUAACCAUCGAAAAUGUAUGUAUCGAAAGUAUAUGUAGAGUCCAUCAUUGCAAUCCCUACCACUAGACAAAAAAAGUCUGGCAGGCACUGCACCCAAGAU